CUCAGAUCCAAGGAAAGCCGGGAAAAUCACGCGCUUGUGGAGAGUAGCUCCGAUUAUCGUGCGUUUCUCGUAAAAUAUUAAUCUAAUCAACGGUCAAUUAAAAUGUAAGAAACAUCAAGUAAUCUUCUAGACGACAUGUAACUCUCAAAUGAAACACAACGUGACAUUAUUAAGGAUCACUUUGCUAAAAUUCUUUUCCAAAUCUCCCAUUCUGAAUUUUUCUGACGAAGACCUUCAUGCCAUUUUGGAGCAGCGUUUAAACAAAUCCCCUAUGUCAAGCGAAAGCCCCGAGAACUACGAGUACGAGUGCGGCGGAGCCACCCUAUUGCAGCUCACCACCACCUACGCGAACGACUACCAUGUGUACACGUCGAUAUUCGUGUGCGUCUUCGGCAGCGUCGCCAACGUCCUCAACAUCGCCGUCCUGACCAGGAAGGAGAUGUACAACGCGCCGAUCAAUCGGAUCCUGAGCGCCCUCGCCGUCGCCGACAUGCUGCUCAUGAUAGAAUACAUUCCGUUCGCCUACUACUAUCACCACGAGAAGGAUAGAAAGGAUUUUUACUACUACGGUGCGGUGUUUAUGCUCUUCCACAUGCAUUACAGCCAGGUGUUACACACCAUUUCCAUUUGUUUGACGCUCUCGCUGGCCAUUUGGAGGUUUUUAGCUAUAAGGUAUCCAGAGAAAAACCACACGUUAUGUUCGGAAUCCAGGUGCACUUUAGCCAUAUGCAUAUGCUACGUACUACCCUUAUUCCUUUGCAUACCCAGCUACUACAUCUUCGAAAUAUCCUCGAUCGAUAUCAAAGAGAACGAGCAGGAUUUCACGCUGUACCACACCGACUUGAAAGAGGAGCUUAAGAGCGACAAAACCCUGUUGAAAAUAAAUUUCUGGCUGUUCGCGGUACUGAUAAAACUAUUGCCCUGCAUCAUCCUAACCAUCAUCAGCGUGUGGCUGUUGAGGACUCUAUUCAACGCGAAGAAGAGGCGGCAGGUGCUCAGAGGCUACGAUUCCUUUCCUCUCACCGUGGGCGGGAAGGAGGUGAAACGGCGCAGCAACAAAUCCGAACGGCGAUCGGACCGAACCACCAAAAUGCUGAUAGCGGUGCUGCUGCUGUUCCUGAUCACCGAGUUCCCGCAGGGAAUGUUCGCCCUGUUCGUGGGUAUCAAAGGGCACGAUUUGUUCCUCACGUGCUACCAGCGUUACGGGGAAGUCAUGGACAUCAUGGCGUUGACGAACGGUUCCAUAAAUUUCAUACUGUAUUGUUGCAUGAAUCGGAUGUUCCGGACGACCUUCGGGCAAUUAUUCAAGCCCAAAAUUUUGGACAAAUGGGCCGCCACGACGUCGGAUACGCAUACAACGGCAGUAGUAAACGGAACAAAUACAACUACUUUGUAAAGGUCAAUUUAGAAGUAAGUAGGCUAUGAAAAAUGUCAUAAAAUGUAAAUUGUUAUUGAGAGAAAUGUGAGAAAUAUUUACAAUUUAUUUAUUGUAUAUAAUAUACGAGGGAUUCGGAGUGAUGUACACUUAUCAAUUUCAUUUCUAUUUGCUUAUUAACUUAGAUUGAGAAACAAAAUU